UUCGCCAUCUCCCUCCGAUAUAAUAAUGAAUGGAAUGUGCAAAAAAUCAAAAACAAACCAAAUUUAAAUUGAAUUUUGAUCGAUUGUGAAGGCAAGAAAGAUGGCAAAUCAAUUCGGUAUUGGCUAUCAAAUAAUUCGCGUUUCCUUAUUAAUAUUUUUAGCAUUGAUGGUUGUAUUGAAUGUCGUGGGUCUACUAAAAUCAUUAGAAUUAUCGCAUAUUGUCUGGACAGUUGUGUCGUUUGUGUCGAUAAUAAUCGGUUUGAUUGGAGCGAUAAAAGAACAUUUUCUUUAUUCAUUGAUAUUCACUAUCAUAUCGAUUAUAUUGAGUACAAUCUCAGUUUGGGUCGGCUUGUUCUAUGGAUCGGCCGGAGCAGCUUUAUUAUUGGUUAUUGUUUCAUUAAUCUAUACAUUUAUGCUUUAUGAUUCCGGUCGACGUCAGACCUCAUUCGUAAUAUAAAACAUAUCGACAUUUCUCCACACCAAUCAAACAACAAUCCAAUUAACUUUUUCCAAUCAAAUAACCAAAUGAAAAAUAUUUGUUUUU